AUGCCAGCCAGCAACACUCUUGUCUCUCUGGGGGUGGCUACAGUUGCUGCACCCGUGAUCUUUUUCUCGGUGAUGCUGCGCAGAGCUCGCAAACUUGCUACAGAGCCACAGGAACCCCGGAUUUCCUGCGCCGAAGACCUUCAUCGUUCGUUUUCCAGAGGUGUUUCCUCUAUUCUUCCAUUCGAAUCAGCAAGCCAUUAUCUGAAGCCCCAAUCGCUCGAGUUCAUCUUGAAAUCCAAUCGCUUCGGGCCUUUUCAGCCCGAGCUAUGCAUUAAAUCAUCCAGCGAUUCAUUGAAGGGAUACUGGAUCUGCAAAGGGCCGCCGGGAAAGUCCCAAUUGGAGGUAGAAAGUGAUAUCGUGCUUGUUUGGUUCCAUGGAGGUGGUUAUUGCUUUGGUGACCCUUUGAGCCCCGCCGUGAGUCUCCUUCGUGUCGCCGAAAUUGCAGGCGCCCGUGGUCUUUCAAUGAGUAUAUUCUCCGUUGAGUACACACUGGCACCGGCAGCCACGUUUCCCCGCCAGCAAGAGGAGGCCGUUGCAGCAUAUCGCCAUCUUGUGGAAACUCAGGCGAUACCUCCAGAUAAAAUCAUCUUGGCAGGAGACUCAGCCGGUGGGCAUUUGGUUCUUUCUUGUUUGAUUGCUCUGCAUAGGGAGGGCAUUCAAAGGCCAAAAGGAGCGUUGUUAAUGUAUCCCUGGGUCAAUCUUACAAACAAUUCGCCUACGUUCGAAAGCAACCGACACAAGGACGUGCUCAGCAAACGGCUUCUUGAUCGUUGCGUUGAAGCAGUUAUCGGAGAACGAGGCCGUGUGGAAGCAUUGAACCUUGAGGAUCUUAUCAACCCGUGGGAACCUGGAAGAGAGCAUGCCUGGGACACGAUAUUGCCGCCGUUCACCUGGGUCAAUGUUGGCGAGCAUGAUGUGCUUCUGCAUGAUGUUCAGACCUUUGUUGUGCGCGCCAGAGCCAAGGGCGCGCGGGUGCAUCUCGAGGUCAGGCCUAAUGCGACACACGGUUGGAAUUUCACGGUGGACAAAAAUGCGGAGAAGUUUUUCUGUGGUCUGGGCCCUGAUGACCAAGUGUCGAAGGGGGUUAUGGCCGGGAGUGACAAGGUUUGCGAGGGUAUCUUUAAGAUUAUAGAGGACGAUUUGUUUGCGGUUGUGGGUGAUGAAGAUUGA